AUGAAUAUUCUUGGGGCAAUAUUUCCUCUUGGAAAUUUCACUGAACGAAAUAAUUCCGAACAAUCUAUACUAGAUGAAUUACAAUCUACAUUUUCCUUUGCUCGAACAUGUUUACUUCGCGGCGAUGCUGAUCAAUGUUUUCGUUCGCUACUUUUUCAAGCGUCGCUUUCUUAUGCUUCUAUUGGUAAACGAGUCUGCUUUUAUACGCCAGUACCAAUUCAAACAAUUCCAUCGCUGGUUCACAAAUUAAUACCAAAAUCUUUACUAUCGGCGAAUUUAGAUCUUAUUCAAUUUCAUUAUUUACCAACAUUAUUCGAUGUACAUAAAAAUCUAAGUACUACGACCACUUGUGAUAUGAUAAUUAUUGAUGGUUAUCUUGAAUUUCCAUUGUUCAAACAAGAUGAUUUAUUUACAAUAAUAUCAGCUUGUGCUCUAUUAAAAGACACUUAUGAAUAUUUAAGAAACAAAUUUCUAAAUAAAGAUCUUAUUCUUUUAUGUUCAUGCACAUGUUCAGAAGCCUGGAUGGCCAAUGUUGAACAACGUGGACUAUUUGAUCUUUCUAUUCAUAUCGAUAUGCUUGAAAAUGGAGAUUAUCAUGCGAAUAUACAUGCGUUAUUAAAAAAACAAGUUUCCUGUGCAUUCGAUUUUCGUAUUACGUGCAAUGAAAUUAUGCCACUUUUUGCAACAAUUCAACAUCAUAAGAAAUAA